AUGUCUGGCUCCAGACCAAGGCAUAACAUUGAUCGGUUCCUCGAGGAGGAGGAAUUGGCCGACAGGAUGUUGAAAGUCGCGGGUUCCACGCAAGACACGUCCACGGCAAAAGUCGCAGAGGACGCCCCAGCACAUCAGGCAGAGGACAAAACGGGCAAAGGGAAGACCGACGGUGAUUGGGUGGAUGUGCAAGCACCCGGCGCUUCAGGAGGGACAGCUGCGGAAGGGUCGUGGGUCGACGUGGGAUCAACCAAGAAGGUCGAGAAUCAGGAAGGGGGAACGGCUUCGGUUCAUGAGACGAAAAAACCGUGA